GUUUCGAAUAACUGGCAUAUCGCGAUGAAAAUCCGCGGAACACAGUAACGUGUUUUGAUUUGUAAGCGCUUUUAUUGUAAACGAAGCAAAAUUUUCGGAUCGAAACAAAAGUUUAAGUUUUUAAUGCAGUUACACACAUUAUUUGCUGGGUGUUGGUUUGGUGCAUUUAUAGCGGUAAUUAUAACGAUUAUUGUUUUGGUGAAAUUUGUUCAUUUCGUUGUUUGUUGUUGUUAUGAUACGAUGAAAAUUAUUUAAUUGAAGUUAAAUCUCCUCUAUGCUCCGCAAAAUUUAAGGAAUUUCUCGUAAGCAGAUCAAUUGAACGAAAUUGAAUACAAAAUUUUUUGCCGUCCACGUUAAAAUGAGCAAUCUCACAGCCAUUAUCGCAUAAAAGACUUCAUCAUACAUACAUAACCACAUCAUCGAUGUCAUGCUGUGCACCAAAAUCCGUUUGACUGAACGUCGGUAUCGAAACCCUCCGGAACAGAAUGACGGUGGCCCUAUAGUCAGACCGUGUUCCACGCGUGAACUAACUGAAUGCAUUACACCGCGUACAUUGACAAAGAAUCGACGUUCUGCAGUCAAUCAAAACCUGAAAACGCCAUUGGUCAUCUUCACACUAUGCAUGUCUCCCGAAACUGAGACAUUGGCACCGAAAGACAUAAAACGUGACCCAAGAAAACCGCCACCAUUCUGCCAAAAUUUUAAGAUCUUCUCGAAUACAACACCCAACAACGAUGAACGCAAGCACCCCGAGUCGUUAGACUUUUUCAUCAGGGGUACGGAAAUCGGUAGCCUUACGGGCCAUGAAGAACGAUCGGAUGAUGACGAUGUCAACGAAAUGCAGCACAAUGAAUGCACAUGCAACGAAACGAAUUUGUUGCCAACUUUCGCCAUGAACUUGGAUGGAUAUGAAAUGGACAAUUUUGGCCAUCUGCCCGGUGAUUCAAGAACACCAACGCCGAGUCGAUCCGGUUUUAUUGGCGGUGCAAGGUGUAGAGUUAUGAAACGGCCGACUAGUCCUAUGACGGAACAAGUCAUUCGCAUAACAAUGAACAAUAAACCGACGAAUCAUAGGACGGUAUUUUCGAAGAAAUUGAAUUAGUGGAACGUAGCAAUGAUUAUGUAGGAAUAGAGAGGCGUCUGCGUAAUUCUUUUAAAAUUUAAAAUUGGCACUAUAAUUUAACUAAAGAAAUGCAUGAAGAAACGAAGAACCGUUUUUUGGACGCCGACUAGCCACUAUAGUUCUCCCUUUAAUGUCCAAUUUCAAUAAACCCUCUUUACAGUCCACAUUUGAAUUUUUAGCGCACUUAAUAAAAUGGUAGUAGAGUUGCCAUUGCUUGUCCUGCGAAAUUUUUGAUCGAGAUAUUCAGCAAUCAGGCCAAUCAGGUUCUAUCUGUGCCUCAUUUUCAUUGACCUCCGAAUCUACCGAAUUUACUGACUGCCCCAUGCGAAAGUUGACCAUUACAUGGAGAACAUUUUCGGUUCAUUUUACGGGAAUUUCUUUGUGAUAAAAAAACUUUCGCACGGAGGUUGGCAAUCAAACAGAGCACAGACUGCCGGUAUAUGAUUUAUUCAUUCGGAUACAACCUUGUGAUGCAAACUCACUCGUGUAUUUUCUGAGCAACCUUUUUUGGUAUAGUUGUCUUUUCGUCAAGUGUAGUUCAAAGACUGGUGUUCGGCCCUUGUCAGAAUGAACAUUU